AUGCCAAGUAAAUACAGUCAUAAGGACCACUGCAUCAUAGGCAGCUGGUGGUACUCUAUCAUAGUUAUUUAUAUUGCAGUCAAGUAUCAUUAUUUAUUCACAGAUGACUGUGAAACUCCUACUGAAACACCGUACGUUUGGUUGGGUGAUACUACUUCCGAGUGCGAUCUCACUGCGUCAUACUGUGAUUUGUUUGGGUUAGACUUUGAAUGUGAGGCCGAGUAUGGUCGUUUGCACACAUGUGAUGCGGGGAACAACGUGCUUUGUGUAUCACCUCAAAUGAGCCUAUGGGAUCCAACACCUGUCACUACACUGAAGGUUCUUGCUUAUAAUAUAUGGGAGCUCCGUUAUCUGUAUUAUCAAAGUGGACAAUAUGAGCGAACUUGCCGUAUUCCUCAGAAGAUAUUCGAACUUUAUGGUGACGUGGACGUAAUUGUAUUCAACGAGGCUUUUAUGGGUGGUUGCUUCACGCAAAAUUAUUUCCCAUUGGAAAUAUCUCUACCUGGACCUCCUCUAUUUCAACGCGAUGGAGGGCAAUGUUCAUUUCAACAAAUGUUAACCCAGUAUGGAUUUGAAUACUUUACCGAUAUUUUGGGUCAAGAGUCUAGACGAGUCAUUCCAAGACUUGAAAAUGUCAUCUAUGCCGGUGACUUGAAUACGGAAUUAAAUGAUGCAAAUAUUCGCUGGGAUCAAAUGCUGAGAAUCCUGGAAGCAGAUAUGCCAGAAAUUGUGGGUGAUCUCAAUAUAACAUACGACUAUGAGAAUAAUGACGUCAGGGGAGAAGAUGAAACUCAAACCGGCGGUAAAUGGAUCGAUUAUGUUCUCUACAGUAAUCAACACAUCAUGCCUAACUCUGCAACUCAAGAAGCUAUCAAGUUCGUUGCAGAUGAACCAUUCCCUGUCUGUAUGCGUGCCUUGCCAAUACAACGAGUGGAGGACCCGGAUGGAAUCAUUCCAAUUGAAGGAGGCCAACAUAGAUAUCCGUACCAAGACGAGUGUCUUGACUGGUGGAACAUAACGGACUUGUCAGAUCAUUACGCCGUACUGGGAACAUUCGACUUCUCAUCUCCGAUCCAACCAGAUACAAUUGCAACAGCUGCCCCUCUUCCAGAUGAAUGCAUCGAUGAUAGACCACAGGUUUGGCUUGGUAGAGCAACCUUCGAAUGUGACCUACUUACACCGGAUUACUGUGGAAUGUUUGGUCUAGAGUAUGUGUGUAGUGCUGACUUCCAAGUAUGGGACAAGUGUUACUUCAGUACUGCUAAGAAUGUCUUGUGUGCUGUCCCCGAAAUUACAUUGUCUGAACCAACUCCAGCCACCACAUUUAAAACCCUGGCAUACAACGUUUAUGAACUAAGAUUACUGUAUUAUCAGAGUGGACAACGGGAACGUACGUGUAGAAUACUCACUCAGAUAUUCACUCGACAUGGCGACGUUGAUGCUAUCAUAUUUAAUGAAGCUUUCAUGGGAGGCUGCUUUCCACAGCAUGGCGCUUCUUUCCGUCAGAUCAUGGAAUACUAUGGAUUUAGCUAUUAUACUGGUACAGUGGGGGAAACCCUUUCUAAACCACCUGAGAAUGGAGGCGUUUUUAUUGCGUCCCGAUGGCCCAUUCUUCAUUGGGAUAAAAGAGUUUAUGAAAACACCAUUGUACUUACAGAUGACUGGAUGUCUGCGAAAGGGGCAAUUUAUGCAGAAAUUGAGAAGACUGUAGAUGGGAAAACAAGAAAAUACCACGUACUUGGGACUCAUCUGCAUGCAGGUGACGGUGCACGAGGUGGGGAUGAAGUGAGAUUAAACCAAAGUAUCGAAAUGCACGAACUCAUGUUGAGACAGAAUGUCCCGACGGACGAAGCUGUGAUCUACGGGGGUGACUUCAAUACAGAUUACUAUACUGAUCAAGAUUGGUUGAAGCGUAUGCUGGAUGCCCUCGAGUCAAUUGUGCCUGAACCUGUAGGAUAUAUAAACGUAACAAGCGAUGAUGAGUACAACAACAUCAAGACGGAUCCUCGAGACAUUGAAGUUGGUGAUGACCCUGACUGGGUUCCCGGUUCAUGGAUUGACUACGUCGUCUACAGUUAUUCACAUCUCGUUCCAGUGACUUCAAGUCAGGAAUCCGUUAAAUACGUCGCCGAUACCCCGUUCACCGUGUGUAUGGACGACGUAAGACCAUUCGGUGUACAUUUUUACCCGUACAGCAGUAAAUGCAGACAAAAUCAAACAAUUACCGACCUCUCGGAUCACUACGCUGUUCUUGGUCGUUUCGAAUACGCAGUAGAUGACCCACCUCUAGUUGAAGCCAUGUCAUUUACUAUGCCAAACAUUAUGAUUACUCUUAUAUUUUCUGUGUUUUCUAUAUUGAAUGUAUAUUAG